AUGUCUCUCGCUUCUCAAAGGAGAGGGCCUUGGUCCCAACAGGAAGACGCCUAUCUCAUGCAACUUGUCAACGACCAGGGCCCAUUGAACUGGGUGCGCAUUGCUCAAGCCCUGGGAACAAGGACACCGAAGCAAUGCAGAGAACGAUUCCAUCAAAACCUGAAGCCCACCUUGAAUCACGAGCCCAUCACUCCCGAGGAGGGUGCCCAAAUCGAGAUUCUCGUCAACGAGAUCGGCAAGAGGUGGGCAGAGAUUGCAAGACGGCUUCACGGCCGCAGUGACAAUGCCGUCAAGAACUGGUGGAAUGGAAGCCAGAACCGCAGAAAGCGUCACGAUCGUCGCAGGGCCAACCAAGGCAGCACCUCCGGCUACGACGACCGCAGAUAUGGUCACUCUGGUUUCCGACCCACUCUCACCAUUAAUUCUCAUGCCGCCUCCUACCCUCACACGAGACACGGCAUGUCGUCGCCUGUCUCUCCCGCCUUUUACACCCACAGCCACCCUUACUACCAAUUCGAGUCGCCGCUUCCGUCGCCCAACUCUACCUCUUCGCCUGGCACAGACGGUCUUGACGGAGAGACGUCCACCAUGUCCGAUGCUGCCUCAAGCUACACCACUUCCCCCCAAUGCCUCUCGCGGGGUACAUCGCCAUCUGUCCAACUGGCCCCGCUCCGCAUGGACGAGAACUCGGCCCCUCGCUCGCUGCCUUCCUUUGGUAGCCUCAUCAAUGCUCCAACUGAUAGAAAAGAAGCUGGCCACAUGCGCCUGCCUUCUCUCCCAUCCCACCUCCUCACAGCACCCAACUCGCCUGUGAGGAGUACGGUUCAGCAAGCCCUGCCGCCGCCAUCUCCUUCAUCUGCGGACAAGGACUCCAGAAUGGAUGUUUCCGCGCUUCUGGGCUGA